CUCUAGCUCGUCCAUAGUUAGGGUUUUAGAUUCUCACCUUUCGUUCUGCAGAGAAAGCGAUCGAGCAAAGUGAGCAAAUCAUGGAGGGCGUAGACGACGGAGGGAUAGAGACGGUGUUGGACUCCAAGGACAUGCAGCAACAGAGCAAAGCCUUCGACAAGCUCACCGACCGCGUCGAAGAUCGCCAGCUCGACUCCACUCGCGUCCAAGAGGCAAUGGCAUCGAUUGCGGCAUCAGCUGAAGCGGAUUGGAAAGCUACGAGAUUGAGAGAGAAAGAACUGGCUUCUGUUAAGAUUAGCGCAGCCGAUGUUGACAUAAUUGCAAAUGAACUAGAGUUGGACCCAAAGGUGGCUGAGAGAACCUUACGUGAGCACAAAGGUGAUGCUGUUGCUGCCAUUCGGCAUUUGCUACGGUAGAAUAGGGGAGUGGAGUGAUUUACAGGAGGUUGCGUUCUCAGAAUUUUCUGGAGUCACCUGCUUUCUAUUGAAAUAUGAAUGAUUGUUACGGACAGCUAUAUUGUUUUGCCCGCAGAAGUCUCUAGAUCUGUCUCUGCAAUGGAACAUGUUGCCUCAUAAAUUCUCUGUGCGUAAUUACUCAGAUUUGUUAUGAUGUU